UUAAGGGGCCUGGGACCGACAUAGGCUGAGCCCCUGAGUCCCCUCCGAGGCACCCCUGCAAAGUUAUGAAAGGAAAACAGGAGGCUGGUUACCGUUAAACUCGUCUAACGAAUCGUCUGAAUUCGUCAGGUCUCUAUAAUUGAAUAGCGAAACCCCCGUGAUAAUUUGUUCUAGUCAGACGUCAAAUAAUCCCUUUUGUGUUCGAUUAUCGGUAAUUAUACUUGCAAGCCUGUGAAAACAAAGUGCAUAGUAUUUGGUGUGGAUUUGGAGAAACCUAGGCUAAUUUCAACCAUCCUAACUUUUGAAGUUUUGUCGAAAUUUCACAAGUAAUGAGAGAGUGAGAGAUAACCUGCGCAUGUGCACCUCGAAUGAACAUCAACAGGUGAUCAAGCGCUAAAUUCAAAACCAACAUGGCCGACUCGUAUCCACCCGUCGUCAAGUCAGAAUUCAAGAGCAACAUAGCCCACGAAAUAGGAGCUGGGUCAGCUUGUCGUGUAUGUGGACCAAAAUGUGAUGGGCUUGAUCUACACUUCUGGAGAAAAAUAUGUAAAAACUGUAAAUGCAAGCUUGAAGAUCACGACGUGAAGAUUGAAGAAUUCGAUAUUCAGCACGAAAUUCUGAAGAACCUGUUGACAAAUAGUGAUGGAACAACAGUAUUCCAAAGGUCGAAAAAAGCCCUCAGCAAUCUAGAUGCCCCUGCUGCUGAGAUCGAGGCUGCCAAAAAGAAUUUUAUGUUCAUGCCUGAAGGGAGCACUCGAGUGACGAUAACAAAGUAUAUGGCAUCACUGCCCAAGGAAAAAGCUCCUCAUUUGACUGAAGAAGGUUUUAACUAUCGCCAAAAACAACUAAUGCAGCAACUACCAGCUCACGAUUUUGAUGAGAAUUACUGUGAUGACCUCUCUGAUAAAGAGAAGCAGAAAAUGAAGGAUUUCAACCGUAAGAGGAAUGAAGAGGCGUCUGGACAAGGUGCCAUCAAAGAGCAUACAGAUGUGACAGGAAAAGUUUGGGACUGCUCUAAUUGCAAUGAAAAAUUGCGCGCCGGCGAUGUUGCAAUAUUUGCCGAGAGAGCUGGACCUGACAAAUGCUGGCACCCAGAAUGCUUUGUAUGUGACACAUGCAGCGAAUUAUUGGUUGACUUGAUCUAUUUUUUCAAAGACGGAAACAUUUACUGUGGCAGGCAUUACGGAGAACUGACAAGAGUUCGUUGUGCAGCAUGUGAUGAACUAAUUUUCACAAAGGAGUACACACAAGCAGAGGGACGCAGUUGGCACAUAAAGCACUUCUGUUGCUAUGACUGUGACAAAGAACUCGGAGGACAGAGAUAUGUUGCCAGAGAAGACCACCCUUACUGCUUGGAAUGCUACGGCCUAAAGUAUGCUAAAAUUUGCAAUGAAUGUCAAGGCAGAAUACCUCCUGAUGCUAAACGUGUCACUUAUAAAGAAUUCCAUUGGCAUGCGAGUGAAGCCUGCUUCAGCUGUCGUAAAUGCAAGACCAAUUUAUUGGGAAAACAGUUCAUUUUCAAGAAUAACAACGUGUUUUGCUCUGUUGAUUGCGCAAGAAGCUAACUGUGCUUGGAAAGACAACUUCGAAAUAUAAUUGUUUUUAGAUAAUCUGUAUUUAGGCAAGAGGAAGAGAAGCUUUCGAGUGAUAUUAUUUAUGCAACCAUUAACAGAGGUAGAGUUAUAUGUAGACUUU